GUGUGUACAAUGCGAUCUGAGGAGAAAUCCCUGAGGAACAAAGUUAAUGAACUUCAGAAAAUUAAAAACCAGCUUAGUGAAGAAUUAGAGAUCAAACAGCGCACAAUCCUGCAACUUAAAAAGCAGUUUAAUAAUGAGAAGCUGGAAGAAGUCUCCAAACAGUAUGAGAAAACACGUAAAGAUCUGUGUGCAAAGGAAAAAAUAAUUGAAGAUAUGCGGAUGACAUUAGAAGAACAAGAACAGACACAGGUUGAACAAGAUCAAGUGCUUGAAGCCAAAUUAGAAGAGACCAACAGAUUAGUUUUGGAACUGGAGACAUGGAAGCAGAAAUACAGAGAGCUGAAUAACCAGAGUGAUAAUGACUGGCAGCAAAAGAUGAGCAAAUAUGAGGAGAAAAACAUCAAUGAAAAUGAGGAAUUAAUAAAGCUGCAAAAAGAACUGAAGGAAAAUGAGGCUAAGUAUCAAACUGAUAGAAAGAAGUGGCUGGAGGAAAAAAUGAGACUCAUAAGUCAAGUAAAAGAAACUGAGAGUCAUUGCAACAGAGAAAUGAGAAAAUUUGAGGAGGACAGAGAACGUCACAUAAAGCAACAAGCAGAAAUUGAAAGACUUGCUGCACAGUUGGUAGAAAAGGACAGCAAUCUUCAAAAGUGGCGUGAGGAAAGAGAUAGAUUAGUAGACACUUUGGAAGUACAGCUCAAGACUCUGGCUUUUAACACCAUGCAAAAAGAUAAAGAAAUAGCGGAACUGAAACAGGCUGCACUAAAGGAUUCAGGAAAGGAUAAGGAAACUGAUAUAGAAGAACUAAGAAAACAGCUGAUUGAGAAAGAUGACUUUAUAAAGGAGUUGAAACAACGUAUUAACCAUGAAAGUCUUCAGUCUUUGGCAGAAGUACCUGUACCUGAAGAAGGACAAGAUAAAAUAGAUCAGUCUGUAAGCAAAGGGGACUAUUCAGAAAUUGCCCUUGACUCUUCAGAAGUGUCCACAGAAAAUGGAAAAACUAGUCGAUUCCCAAAACCAGAAAUGGAAAUCCAAUUCACACCUCUGCAGCCAAAUAAGAUGGAGGUGAAGCACCAGGGCAGCCCCUUACCAGUUACAGUUAAAAUGCUUAAGCCAAGAAAGAAGAGGAAGAGUGAAGAGAUGGAUGAGGAUUUGGUGAAAAGUGAGAACAAGAAAAAUGCAAAACUCGCUAUGACUAAUUCACCUUCUACAAGCAACAAGAAAAAAGUUUGGAUGUCUACUACACAGUCGUUUAGAAAAGAAUACUCCUUAAGGAGGCAAGAAUCUACUUCAAGUAAAAAGUCAUCUAGAAGGAAAGAUGGAACACUACAAAAAAUUGGAGAUUUUUUCCAAAGUUCUCCUACUAUUAUUCACUCUAAAGCAAAGAAACUGAUUGCGACAAUAAGCUCUCCCAAGUCUGCAGAACCAGAAAGUGUCAAAGAAAACGAGCUCAAGCCAAAAAAAGCUAAGAAAAGGCUGUAUUCAACUGAUAUUUCUUGCCCUCUUGAUAUCCCUGCUUCUUCGAUCUUUAUAGAACAAAAAGAGAAGGAAAGUGAUCAUCUAAUCAUCAAGCGACUACUGCGAUCAAGAACAGCUAAAUAA